CUGGAGGAGCGGAGUCUGUGAAUCAGCUCAUCAUUCCGGGCAGAACGACAGUCACUCCGCGCAGAGGACACCCAGCUGCUCGGGCAAGAGUUACAUCAAAACUUCAAUGUUGUCGUGAGAUUUAAGAUCCCCCCCUCUUAAUUUCCCUCUGGAGUACUCGGAGUGAUUAUUGGCAGACACCUUGAAUUGAUCAGUGAGAAGCCAGAGGACAUCUCCAGGCAGAAUGGAGGGAUUAACACCUUUCUUCAACAUGAUGCUGGUUCUGCUACUUGCCGCCGCUGCAUCAGCGACCAAGUUAAAUGUGCCUCGGCUGAGACUGUCAUACAAAGACCUGCAGUCCACCAACAGGUCGUCCAUCUUCAGCGGUCAUCACGGCCAGCUCUCACUCACCGCAGUCUUCCUUGAUGAGUACCGUGACCGCCUCUUCCUGGGAGGGAAAGACGUCCUGUACUCUCUCCUGCUGGGACCCACCAGCAGCGAGUCCAAAGAGAUCUUCUGGCCCCCAUUACCCGGCAACAGAGAGGACUGCAUUCAAACUGGGAAGGAUCCACAGACGGAGUGUGCCAACUUUGUCCGCCUCCUGCAACCCUUCAACCGCACCCACCUCCUGGCCUGUGGCACGGGUGCCUUCCAGCCCAUGUGUGCUUUCAUCUAUGUGGGCCACAGAGGAGAGCACGUGUUCACGAUGGACCCUGCCAACGUGGAAAACGGAAGAGGGAAAGUUCCACAUGACCCCAGCCUGCCCUUUGCAAGCACCUUCAGUGGUGGGGAGCUGUAUGCCGGACUGACAGCAGACUUCCUGGGCAGAGACUCUGUGAUCUUCAGGAGUAUGGGAGGUCGCUCCACCAUGAGGACGGAGACUGACCAGAAACUCCUCCAUGAUCCUAAGUUCAUCGCAGCCCACCUCAUCCCAGACAACGACGACAGAGACAACGAUAAAGUGUAUUUCUUCUUCACUGAGAAGGCAUCAGAGGCAGGGGACAGAGAGGGGGCCAUACACACGCGUAUUGGACGAGUGUGUGCGAAUGAUGUCGGAGGCCAGAGAGUGCUGGUGAACAAAUGGAGCACUUUCAUUAAAGCCAGGCUGGUGUGCUCGGUACCAGGACCUCACGGCAUUGACACACACUUCAACCAACUGGAGGACGUUUUCCUGCUGAGGACAAAGGAUGAGAGGAACCCGGAUGUGUACGCCAUCUUCAGCUCCAUCAGUAAUGUAUUCCAAGGAUUUGCUGUGUGCGUUUAUCGUAUGGCUGACAUCAGAGAAGCCUUCAAUGGACCUUUCGCUCAUAAGGAGGGCCCAGACUACCAGUGGGGAGCCUUUGAAGGCAGGGUUCCUUAUCCAAGACCUGGGGUGUGUCCAAGCAAGAUCACCAACCAGCCAGGCAGAGAGUUUGGCAGCACCAAAGACUUUCCAGAUUCAGUUCUGCAGUUUGCACGCAACCACCCGCUGAUGUGGCGGCCAGUGUUUCCUGCUCUGCGCCAACCUGUGCUCGUAAAGGCCAACAUUCCUUACAAGCUGAAACAGAUCGUGGUGGACCGAGUCGAGGCAGAGGACGGGCAGUAUGAUGUCAUGUUCAUUGGCACGGACAUUGGCACUGUAUUAAAGGUCAUUGCUCUGCACAGUGGAAACAGUUUGGAGACAGAGGAAGUUACACUGGAGGAGCUGCAAGUCUUCAAAGUUCCAACACCAAUUACAUCAAUGGACAUUUCUGUGAAAAGGCAAGCCCUGUAUUUAGGUUCUCCUGCUGGGGUGGCGCAGGUGAAGCUCCAUCGCUGCGAGACUUAUGGGAAAGCCUGUGCCGAGUGCUGCCUGGCCAGAGACCCUUACUGUGCCUGGGAUGGAUCGCUGUGUUCACGAUACAUGCCUAACAGCAAACGGCGUUUCCGCAGGCAGGACAUCAGACAUGGAAACCCCACGCUGCAGUGUAUGGAUCAGAACCUGAGUGAAGACCUCGAUGUUACAGAAGACAGGGUUGUGUACGGGACGGAGAACAACAGCACCUUCCUGGAGUGUGUUCCUCGCUCUCCACAAGCUACUGUUACCUGGCUCAUCCAACGUGACAACCACAAGGAGGAGGUGAAGCUGGACGAUCGUGUGAUGUCAACCGAGCAGGGCCUCCUGUUCCGCCAUCUCUUCCGCCAGGACGAAGGCGUGUACAUCUGUCGCUCUAGAGAGCACGGCUUCACACAGACCCUAGCCCGCCUUACCCUUGAAGUCCUCCAGGGGGACACUGUGGACGAGCUCAUGGCACGUGACAACAUGGCCGGCCUCUCUGAGUCGUUCAAAGACCGGUCCACAGGGAGCUACAGGGCUUGGAUGCCUUGUGCUGCAUACAGCAGGGGGUCAUCAAACCAAAUGGGUCAGUCCCGCACAUGGUUCAAGGACAUCAUGCAGCUGAUCGGCCCGUCCAACCUGCCGCACGUGGAGGAAUACUGCGAGAGGAUGUGGUGCAAUGACAAGCUGAGGAGGAAACACAAGAGCAUGCUGGAGAAGUAUCGGCAGGCGCAGGAGAGUGCCAGGAAGGCUCGUAGCAAGAGCUCCGGGGAACGGAACCGGACACCCAGGGAUCUGAGCGCAUGGGACGAGUAACAAAGAGAGCAGAAAGGGAAGCAAAGGAAACAGAAAGAGACUUUACAGGACAAGAUAUGAAAAAAAGAGUCAGGACCAUCAUAAAAUCCUCAUGGUCAGAACUUUCUGACUCACAUUUGAGAGAAUGAGCAUCAAAACGUUGUCUACUCUUGCCACAGGAGGGAUUCUGUGAAAUGUUGUGAACCUUUGCUUGUAUAUAAAGGUGAGAUUCUGGGGUUUGGAUCUGAGCAUACCACCCAGAACGACAGUGUUCAGUUGCCUGGUGAGACUUCACAGACAUAGACUGCUGCUGAACUGAACUGUUUGCUGUUGAUGUAAUUGUGUUGAUAAAAAACAGACAAUCUUACAAAUACUCUUAGAGGAUGCUUGUUUGACGAUUCUGACUACAAAGGACUCUUUCCCUCUCACACCUAACCCGAACCCUUGUAUUCAUUUAAAAAAAAAGCUAUUUACACGACAUUCCCAUCCAAAACUUUUGAAACUUCUCAAACUUCAUGAUGUAUGUAUGCAUGCUUAUGACUGACUUUACAGACAGUCUCAUCGUUUCGGGCCAGACAAAUGUGAAUUGUUGAACACUUUCUGUUUAUGUUGUGUUCCAAAAGUGGGAGUGAUUCUAGGUCUUUAAACCCUGAGUGGUGAGCCUGUUGAGGAAAAGGUCAACUCCCAGCACGAAAUUAACCCUAAGUAACUUGAAUAUUUGCCGAUUGGUUGAUUGGGAGGACAAUAUUUUUAUGGUAAAUUGCAAGACUUGCAACAAACACCUCUCACCAAGGAGUCCUCAAUCUCUCAAUGCUACAUUAUCUGCUGUUUGGCUAGCAUCUUUUAAGCCUUCGUGUCUGCAGGGCAUUGCAAAACAUUUAAAAAUGUAUGAAUUUCUUUAGGGGGGAGUGCAGAGUUGGAAGUUUCUCUCAACGCACACCCAAUUCUUCAUGGUUCAAAAACACCUAUCAAGUCUUUGAUGAACAGUGUGGGGCUCCAAAAAGAGGAACAUAAGAUUUUAUACUCUUUGCAUAUGUACAAAACCAGUCAAAAGU